AUGGGAAAGAACAGUAUAGUAGCAUAUAUGAUCUUCGGUCUAGUUGUAAUUUACAACUGUGACGGGUUAGAUGCUGGUAAGGGAGAUUAUCUUUCCUUGGGCGACUCGCUUAUUGGAAAUCAGACAAUAACUUCAACAAAUGGCACGUUUGAAUUGGGGUUUUUCAGUCCAAAUGGAAGCAAUAACUGGUAUAUUGGCAUCUGGUUUGCCAAAGUGUCAGACAGGAUGAUCGUUUGGGUGGCUAACAGGGAGAGUCCGGCGAAAAACAAGCCUGGCGUUUUGAAGCUCUCAAACGGAGGUAAUCUGGGACUGUUUGAUGCAGAGGGUUCGUCUCUUUGGUCUGUCAACGCAUCAAAGAAGCCCUCUCGGGCUGUUCUAUUAGAUUCUGGUAAUUUUUUAAUGAUGACCGACGACAGUAAAGCUGAGACUCUCUGGCAGAGUUUCGACUAUCCUGUAGACACCUGGCUACCCGGGAUGUGGUUCGGUGGACAGCAAAAGCUAGUCUGUUGGAAAAACUCAUUAGAUCCAGCUCCUGGGCUUUACUCGUUUCGUGUGGAUCCAUCUGGGGCUAAGCAAGUCGUGCUCACAUGGAACAACUCUGUCGAGUAUUGGGAGAGCGGACUUUGGGACGGCCAAACAUUUAGUGAUAUUCCAGAUUUGCCACACGAAAUCCAGUUCCACCACAAAAUCAGCUAUGAAAAUACUAGCACUGGUUUGUAUUUCAACUAUAAAGUUGACUCAGAUGGGAUCUCACGAUUUAUACAAAUUAAAUCGGGAGGAAUACAACCAUAUUCUUCGUUUGAUGGCGUUGCAUGGACCAUGGUGCGGACUCGGCCUAGAGAUCAAUGCGCCGUAUAUGGUGUUUGUGGCGCUUAUGGAAUGUGCAACUCCAACAAUCUUCAGUUCUGCACAUGCGUGGAAGGCUUCAAUCCGGCAGACAAUCGCGCCUGGAAUUCCCAAGAGUGGUGGUCCAGUGGCUGUGUUCGGCGGAGCCCGUUAAACUGCGGUGCCAAAAAUGGCAGCACCGACAGAUUCAUCAACCUUAGUGUAAUAUUGCCUGAUCGUACGGCUUGGACAUACCCUGCACUCAGAAAGAAAGACUGCCAGGAAGCCUGCCUGCGUAACUGCUCAUGCACUGCGUUUACUUUCAAUUCUCCUUCAGGAUCCUGUCAAAUCUGGUCCGGAGAUCUGCUAAACAUGCAAAUCCCUUCAUCAAACAACAGAUCGACUGUCUCUAUUCGAGUAGCUGCCUCUGCACUUGCAAAGCUGCAUAAACCACCGUCCUCCUCCAAACUGAAAACCAUAAUUAUUGUGAAUGUUCUCGCUCUGGCUCUUGCUUUCAGCAUCUUUUCAUUUUUAAUGUGGCAAAGGUAUCAGCUACGACCACCAAUGGAGACGUCUGAAGAUUUCUCGGUGUCUUCUCUUAGAAUGUUUAGUUACAAGGAGUUGAAGAUUGCAACACGGAAUUUCAAGUCUAAGUUGGGAAGGGGAGGAUUCGGCUCGGUAUUCAAAGGAUCUCUAACAGAUGGUACGCUUGUGGCCGUAAAGAAAUUGGAUUCUAGUUCAAGACAACAUGAUAAGCAGUUCCGAGCCGAAAUCAGUUGCCUUGGCAACAUACAGCAUGCGAAUUUGAUCAGGCUUCGAGGAUUUUGUGCAGAAGGAUCUACACGGUUGCUCGUUUAUGAUUACAUGCCCAAUCGCUCUCUAAAUUCCCUACUAUUCACUAGUAAUUCUACAAGUGAACAGAAGGUACUCGACUGGAAGACCCGACUGAAGAUUGCUUUAGGCACCGCACGAGGUUUGGCUUAUCUCCACGAGGGGUGCAGAGAUCGCAUCAUUCACGGAGAUGUAAAGCCUGAGAACAUUCUUCUGGACAUUGAUUUUUCACCCAAGUUAGCAGAUUUUGGGUUGGCAAAGCUUGUGGGUAGAGACUUCAGCCACGUACUGACAACAACGAGAGGAACGAGAGGGUAUUUGGCUCCAGAGUGGAUCUACGGUCUUCCCAUCACGCCCAAGGUUGACGUCUACAGUUUUGGUAUGACGCUCUUGGAAAUCAUUUCGGGUCGAAGAAAUCUGGACAUGAGCUUGCAAGAUUCAAACAAGCACUACUUUCCCUCCUGGGCUGCAGCGCAAAUUUACCAGGGAAAAAUGAUACAUAUUGUGGAGGAGAUUGUUGCACUUGUAGAGGAGGCAGAUAUGGAAGAGGCGAGAAGAGCUAUUAUUAUCGGAUUGCUAUGCAUUGCGAUGGAUGAGCAUGUGAGGCCAAGCAUGGGACAAGUUGUGCGGAUGCUAGAAGGGAAGAUGGAACCUUUAGAAGGCAAGAUGGAUCCUUGA